AUGGCCAUUUCCAACGAGACGCCCGGUCUGCGAGCCGAAAUUCUCGUCGACGGGCAACCAUUACCUGAGUACGAGGACGAUGAGGCUGAGCUGAACACAGUCACAAGAUACAUUGAAGCAUCGUCAAACAAAGAGUUUGUUUUGAGAUGGGAAUUCGGACAUCCCUUUCCUGAACGGUAUGGAGUGGAGAUGCGGGUUUCGAUCGAUGGCGCGGCAUAUCGCGUCAAGAUCAAGGAAGCCAAUGAGCUCUACAGACCAGGCGGACAUACCAAGACAGGCGUUGGGCACAAGAAGAACCAUCAAUGCUUUCGACGGAAUUAUCGCUUCACUGCCUUGAACAUUGGUCAAGCUCAAAUACUCACUCGGAAUUACACAUAUACUAACAUAUACGUAGUUGAGGAAGUUCCUGGAACCGUAAACGCUCGACAGCUCAAACAAGACCUUGAGUCGAAGGGAAACAUUCGCAUGGAGUUUCGUUUUAUCUCGAACAUGCGAGAGUCAAACGGAGACCACCGGAGCAGCAAGAAGGCUACCCUACAGCCCAUGGGCGCGAUUCCGGAGAAAGCAUUGAAAGGCGACGCGAGAUCACAUCAAGCCACGCUAGGAGAACCCCGUCCUGCGCGGCCCCGAAGAGCACGGCAGGAGUACGACUAUGUCGAUGCAACACCUUUCGCCACAUUCGUCUUUAAGUACCGCUCGCGGGCAUCUCUCAAGGCCCUGCGCAUCAUCAAUGAUGCUGAAGAUGUGGAUGCGCGGUCUUUAGACGACAUGCCAGAAGACUCGAUGAAUGAACAUCAAUUGAGGGAAGCACUUCGACGUGCUAGAAGGCAAGACGCAAACGGUCGUAGUGUUAAGCAAGAGACUCAUGCUUCGCGAAGGGUCAAGCGAGAGCGCACAGAGACAGCGACUCUAGCAGAUGAUAACAAUGACGAAGUUACUAUCGUUGAAUCGAGAUCUCGCAAACGUCCGCGUGGCGAGCCAGAGGUAAUUGUGCUGGACUAA